AUGUCUUCCAAGGCUCCCGAAAAGGAAAAGGACAAGUCCAAGUCCAAGGUGCACCGGCUGUCGCUGAAGGGAAGCGCAAAGCUCGUUGCCGAGUUUUUUCAAUACUCCAUCCAUACCAUUCUUUUCCAACGAGGCGUCUACCCCGCUGAAGACUUCACCACCGUCAAGAAGUAUGGUCUAAACAUGCUCGUCUCCGCCGAUGACCAGGUCCGCGCAUACAUCAAGAAGAUCAUGUCCCAGCUCGACAAGUGGAUGGUGGGCGGCAAGAUCUCCAAGCUGGUCAUCGUCAUCACCGACAAGGACACGGGCGAGCACGUCGAGAGGUGGCAGUUUGACGUCCAAAUAUUCUCCAAAGCCGCCCAAUCCAAGACCAAAUCCCAACCCGCUUCCGCUACCACUGACGACAACCAAAAUCAAUCUCCCAACGAAAACACAGCCGCCUCCACCACUGCCUCAACUCCCGCACCUCCACUCGACAAGACCGAAGCCGAGAUCCAAGCCGAGAUCGCCGCCAUCUUCCGCCAGAUCACCGCCUCCGUCACCUUCCUGCCCCAGCUCAGCGGCGACUGCACCUUCAACGUCCUGGUCUACGCCGACGCCGACAGCGACGUGCCAGUCGAGUGGGGCGACAGCGAUGCCAAGGAAAUUGUCAAUGGCGAGCGCGUACAGCUAAGGGGGUUUAGCACGACGAACCACCGGGUUGACACGCUGGUUAGCUAUCGCCUGGCGGAUUGA